AUGACAAAAAAAGCAAUCGUAUUCUUGGCCAAUGGCACAGAGGAAAUGGAGUUUACCAUCUCUGCUGAUAUUCUUCGUCGAGCAAAGGUUGACGUGACAGUAGUUGGUGUAGAAUUGGAAAAAGAUAAGCCUGCGAUCUGUGCAAAUGGCACAAAAAUUCUUCCCGAUAUUCUACUCACAGAUAAAGAACUCGAGGGCAACUUGUCGUAUGAUGCCGGGGUUGUCCCAGGAGGAUUGAAAGGCUCUCAUACAUGCAGAGAUAAUAAGAAAGUACAAGCCAUUAUAAAGAAUCUUUAUGAUCAAAAAAAGAUUGUUGCAUUUAUCUGCGCCGGUACACUUGUGGCAAAGGCCUCUGGUAUUCCUAAGGGUCAUACUGUUACAUCCUAUCCUGCUGUGAUGGACCAAUUGACUGAUACCUAUGAAUAUUCCCAGGAGCGAGUGGUUGUAGAUAAGAAUGUCAUUACCAGUCGUGCUCCAGGCACAUCUUUUCUGUUUGCUCUAACAAUCGUGGAGAAUCUCGUAGGCAAAGAAGCUGCUGAUCAACUCAAGAAAGACAUGUUGACUAGUAGUGUGUUGUAAAAUUCAAUAGCUGAAUAAAUCCAAUAAAUAAAUAUGC